AUGGCACAAGAGGCUGCAGCAGCACAGGCUGGAGCAAAUAACCUAUACAAUCCCGCUGGAGAUUAUAUGGGUCAACCGGGGCCGUAUGACCCAUUUCAACCAUAUAACGAUUACGGAUAUGGAUGGAACGAUCAAUUUGGAUAUCCGAAUCAAUUUCCUGCACCAGGACAACAAGGAUGGUGGCCAGAACCCGAGUUCAUGCCAGGUCAGGGACCUCCAUAUAGAGGGCCACCUCGGAAUCAACCUCCAAGACAGCAAAACCCAGGGCAGCCUCCAACUGGACCACAACCUCCUCGAAGGCCACCACAGCCUCCACCUGGGGCGUGGACUGGAAGAAACCAAGCACCACCUCCGCCUCCGCCUGGGGCGCGCCCAGCGCGAAAUCCAGCACCGCCUCCACCUAGGCCGCGCCCAGCACAAAACGCAGCACCGCCUCCGCCUGGGGCGCGGCCAACGCGAAAUCCAGGGCAGCCUCCACCUAGGGUGCGGACCAUGCAGAGCCAAGGAAGGCCUCCACCUAGGGUGCAGACCAUGCAGAGCCAAGGAUGGCCUCCACCUAGGGUGCAGACCAUGCAGAGCCAAGGAUGGCCUCCACCUAGGGUGCAGACCAUGCAGAGCCAAGGAUGGCCUCCAUCUGGGGUGCAAAAUUACUACUGGAGAAGACAGUGCACAGCCCUUGGGCAACAGUUGAAUGGCCAAAGGUUUUUCCCUGGGGAAGCAACUGUUGGUGGGACAGUUGCCUCUUUUGGGAAAUACUACUGGCUGAACUGA